UUCCUAUACACGGUACGUGUCACAGCAGUGUUACCGCCCCAAGCCAAGUGCACCGUCCCAAAUCGCUCAGCACUGUAUUGCACAAUUUUACAGCUCAGUUUUACAUGUAUCAAGCAGGAACCUGAUGAGAGAGGCCAGAUGCCAUCAUGGAGUCCCUUGCUGAAGAACUGACCUGUCCGGUGUGUCUGGACCUGUACGAACAGCCGGUACUCCUGCCCUGUGCACACAGCCUGUGUAAAAGAUGCGCCAGCACAUUCUUUGCUGAAGCCUUGAAGAGACCCUCUGAACAACCUGCUGAGGAAUGGAAGGCCCCCAAGCAUAUUCAGUGCCCCAGCUGCAGAUAUGAGUUCCCACUUCCCGACCUCAGAGUGGACGGACUACGUAAAAACACCACACUGCAGAACAUCGUCGACCGCUACCGGGAAUCAAAGAAUAACACAGCGGUUCCCUGCCAGAUGUGCGACAAAGAGCCACCAAACAACGCAGUGAAAACCUGCCUGGUCUGUGACAACUCCUACUGUGAGACGUGUUUGGUGGCUUUCCACCCAAUGAAGGGAGGCCUAGCAAGGCAUACACUGGCAGAUGCAUCAGCAGCAACUCCCAAAGCACCGAUAAGCUCUGAACAUCAACCUGAUAUGGAGAAGGUUGGAAAAAACGAAGACCAAGGGGCUGCAGCAGGGCCGGACACAUUCCAACAGAAGCAGACAAAAAAGCAGCCUGACAUCUAUUCCACCUUGUGGACCCUUGACCAUAACCAUCUGAAGAUAGGGGUAGACUAUGACCUUGACCUAUAUGGCGAGAAACUCUUCCCCUUUGUGAGUCGAGACAACUUGGAACAAAUCCCAACUUACAGAGCCUUUCUGAACUUCCUGGACAACUACGACGAAGACCAACCCGAGUAUGUGACAGCAAAGGAGGAGAACAAUGCUCGGGCAUUCCUUAACCGUUGUCUUGAUACGGAGGUGAUGCAGGAGGCACAUAACUUCCUGUGGAAGAAGGGAUGUGUGCCUGAAACUAGAAAUGGGUUCAAGGACAUGUUAUACAAGAUGUGGUUCACACCCUACACCAGGACUCACAGCGACGGGGUUAAGAGGCCCUCCACAGCAUUUGAGCACACCUUUGUGGGAGAGACACACUGUCAGCACAUGAUGGGCUUCCACAACUGGCUCAGUUUCUAUGACAAGGAGUGCCUGGGGAACAUCCAACUCAACAGCUACUGUCGCUAUGAUUGUGAUGACCGUGUGAUCCUCAACAUUGACUUUGAAUGGAGAGACGAAUUAAGACAGACCAAGGACAGCUUCUUUGUUGGCACGAGCCCAGAGUUCGAGCUGGCCCUGUACACCGUCUGCUUCCUCGCUGGGGGCGGAGAAAAGACGGAGGUCGUCCUUGGAGGCCAGAACAUCACUAUCGCCACUUACAAACUGAACGGUCAUAUCGGAUCUUGCUAUCCAAUCAUGCAGGGACAAGAUCAAACAGGACACUGGAACAGGAUCAAACAGGAGUCUGACACGGAAUCUGAUUUUGAGGAGCAAGAUCAAUCAGACACGGAAUCUGAAACUGAGGACGAUAGCGAUGAAGAUCCACUGUUCGCUGAAGGCUUAGACUUCUUACAAUACCUUGAGGACGAGAACAUCGGACCAGAGAUGGGGAAGAGAAAGCUGAAGAUGAUCUACGAGGAAGAGUACACAGAGUCGUGUGGGAGAAGGUCAGGCACGCCCUUCUCACAGGUCCUGCGUACUCUCAAGAGGGAUGGCAAGGUGGAGGUUUCCAGGAACCAUCAUGGGGUAGACAUCAUCACCAUCCUGGAAUAAACUUUAUUACAAAGCCCAGACAGAUCAAUCUGUGUCUUGUUUUUUUUUUAAACUUUCAUAUGCUUUUUUGGUCCGGUGGGGGGCAACUUUAUUUUUAAAAAAGGCAUCACAGUGUACAUUCACUUUCACUGUAUACAGAAUCAUGUUUAUUUUUUGCUCUAUUGUUAUGCAAAGUCAUGUUCACUUCCACUGUUGCUGUGGCUUACUAGGUUUGAAAAUUGAUAACAUUCCAGUUAUUUUCUUUAUUGUAGGUGACAGUAGGUCUCAUUUUAUGACGUGAAAGUUCUUCUGUGACGUUUGUCAUUAUAUCUAUAAAAAGUUAAAUUCAUGUAACGUUACUUUAUUUCUUGCAUUCACAUCAUUUUGACUUGAAAUAAAGGAUGAAAGAGAAAACGAAGAGAAUAGUUUGUUUCCUUUGGAGCAAAACAAAUGAACCAUAUGUCAUAGGUCCUUUCAUGUCGGA